AUAAUAAGAAGAGAUAAUGAAGUCUUCAACGUGAAAUUCCGUCGAGCAGCAGAAAACGUUGGCGAGAGCUCGCGAACCACAAAAAGUGAUUCCUCCAUUUUUCAAUUCCGCAAUGGCACAUUUCAGGUCAUUCACUGUUUGGUACUAGACUAUUUGCCCGACGACGUGCAGAAAUUACGCGAAAAAGGCAUCCGAUUUGAUACACUCGAUGCUCAGUUAUACUCGUAUCAGCUAUUUUCGGCUGUGAACUGCCUCUGUAACUGUAAAAUUAUUCACCUGGAUAUAAAACCCUCCAAUCUAGUCCUUAACCACGCGGAAGGAGUUUUGAAGUUGGCAGACUUCGGAAACGCCGUGCAUUUCGGUACUGUCGGUACAUCGUCGUAUCAGGUCACUAGGUAUUAUCGACCACCAGAGCUACUGUUUGGGAGCACUAUCUUAACCCCCGCUAUAGAUGUAUGGUCGGCUGCCUGUGUUACUUACGACUUUAUAACAACACGGCCCUUAUUCAAAGGACGAAAUUCUGAAGAUCAAGUGAAAAUUAUUGUGAGUGUCCUUGGCUAUCCCACUGCUGAAGAGGUGAAAGCGAUGGCAUCAAGUCGUCCGCGGGUGCACAGAAGUACUGGACGAGGGUUAGACAAAGUAUGUAUACACAGAAAGUUCAUGACCUCAACUAAUAAUGUUCUUGUUUACGAUCCAACCAAGCGAAAAACGGCAGCUGAAGUACUCAAGCAUGAAUAUUUUGAACCAUUAAGGCAGAUGCCGCCACCAAAAAGAAGCAAUGGCAAUGCAAUUCCGCCCUUGGCUAUGGAUAGAUGGCGUGUACUGUCCAAAGAAGCUGUGAGUAAUAGUAACUUGUUGUUCGAACUAGAAGUUUUCUUCAGUGCUAUUCCUUUUUAG